AUGCCUGCUGUGGCAUCUGUACCUAAAGAGCUGUAUCUCUGUACUUCAUUGAAAGAUCUCAACAAGAAGACAGAAAUAAAACCCGAAAAGACCAGUACAAAGAGUUAUGUGCAGAGUGCCCUUAAGAUUUUCAAGGCAGCAGAAGAAAGCAGAUUGGACAGAGAUGAAGAAAAAGCUUACGUCCUGUAUAUGAAAUAUGUAACUGUUUAUAAUUUUAUUAAGAAGAGACCUGAUUUUAAACAGCAACAGGAUUAUUUUCAUUCAAUUCUUGGACCUACAAACUUGAAAAAAGCUAUUGAAGAAGCCGAAAGACUCUCAGACAGCCUUAAACUCAGAUACGAGGAAGCUGAAGUUCGGAAAAAACUUGAAGAGAGGGACAGACAAGAGCUGCAGAAAAAGCAAGAAGCAAAAGAUGAUGGAAAGACUUCAGCCAAGAACUCUUCAGAAAGCUCAGCAGAUUCCAAAGGAAAAAGCCAAAGGAUCAAUGGUGAGAAGACACAUUCCCUGGAAAAAAAGGAUCAGUCUGACAGUCUGAAUGGAGCAGUCACUGCUGAGAAACUGUUUGCAAUGAUGACAGACAAAAACAUUGAAUUGAUUAUAAUGGACACUCGAAGCUCAAAAGAUUAUCAAGAAUCCUGUAUUCCAAGAUCUAUCAGUGUCCCAGAAGAAGCAAUCAGUCCUGGAGUUACCACAAGUUGGAUUGAAGCUAGACUCCCAGAGGAUUCUAGAGAUCCAUGGAAGAAGAGAGGACAUUUUGAUUAUGUUAUACUGCUGGACUGGUUUAGUUCUGCAGGAGACUUAAAACUUGGAACAACUCUGCAAAGUCUGAAAGAUGCACUUUUUAAGUGGGAAAGCCAGCCUCUACUGCAGAACGAACCUUUAAUCCUAGAAGGAGGCUAUGAAAACUGGCUCCUUUGUUUUCCCCAGUACACCACAAAUGCUAAAGUAACUCCACCGCAGCAUGGCAGGAGAGAGGCAGUGACCGUUUCUUUGGAUUUUACUUAUCCAUCUCUGGAAGAGUCAGCUCCUGUUCCACCUGUUGCUGCUGUAAAGCCAACUCCAAUAGAAAUAACUGAGAAUGAAGAAACAGGAAGUAACUUGGAAGAGAGACUAAAAUCUCUUAACAGACCAAGGGUACAGGCUGCAACUAUUCCCAAAUCUGACAUCUUAUCUGGAGUUAAUCCGGUACCAAUUACAAGAAGUAUCCCUGAGGUUGAUCGCACUAAAAAGCCUUCACUGAAGCAGCCUGAUGAUAACAGACCAAAAGCUGAGAGUACAGUCCCUGACAGCCAGCCUGUUGAGAACGGGCGAGUCAUUCCAGACCGGUCCACCAAGCCUCUGCAUGAUGCAAAGAACAUUCUGACAGAGGAGGAAAAGAGUCGCAUACAUGCAGAAACUGCUGCCAUGUUAGAGAAGAACAAGCGGGAAAAGGAACUGAGGGAGAGGCAGCAAGAAGAACAGAAAGAAAAACUCAAGCAAGAAAAAGAACAACAGGAACAAAAAGCAAAGGAAGAGAAGAAAGAAAAGGAAUACAAAGAAAAGCUACAACAAGCCAAAGAGCAUAGAGAACAAAAAGACAGGGAAGAGCAGAUAAAAAGAGAAAAAGAGGAAAAAGAAAAAGAGCGAGCACAGAAAGAAGCAAUAGAAGCAAAAAAGCAAAAUAAAAAUGAACCGGAAAGUAUUGAUUUGAAAAGUAUUGAGAUUGAAAAAAUAUCUAUGGAUGAAAGAGAAAAGGGAACCAGAACACCAGAAAUGCAGAGAGGUGCACUGGGUGAUGCAUCUCAGACCUUUGGGACCACCUCAGGCAAGUCUCAGCGGGAGCCAUUAAUGAGAGCACGAAGUGAGGAAAUGGGAAGGAUAAUACCAGGACUGCCUCCAGGUUGGGCAAAGUUUCUGGAUCCAAUCACUGGAACCUUUCGAUAUUAUCACUCGCCAACAAACACUGUUCAUAUGUAUCCACCAGAAAUGGCUCCUUCAUCCACUCCUCCAGCUACCCCGCCAACCCAUAAGCCCAAGCCCCAGGUGACUGCUGAACGGGAAAGAGAACACUCCAAACUGAAGCGCUCCUAUUCCUCCCCGGAUAUAACCCAAGCCGUUCAGGAGGAAGAGAAGAAGCGAAUUCCUGUAACCCCUACAGUCAACCGUGAAAAUAAACCGGUCUGUUACACUAAACCUGAAAUUUCAAGACUCUCUGCGUUACAAAUUCGGAAUCUCAAUCCUGUGUUUGGGGGAUCGGGACCAGCUCUGACUGGACUUCGUAAUCUAGGGAACACUUGCUAUAUGAAUUCCAUAUUACAGUGUUUGUGCAACGCACCACAUCUGGCUGAUUAUUUUAACAGAAACUUGUAUCAAGAUGAUAUUAACAGGUCAAACUUCCUGGGGCAUAAAGGUGAAGUGGCUGAAGAGUUUGGUGUAAUAAUGAAAGCUUUGUGGACAGGACAGUAUAAAUAUAUCAGUCCAAAAGAUUUUAAAAUUACAAUAGGGAAAAUUAAUGACCAAUUUGCAGGAUAUAGCCAGCAGGACUCCCAAGAACUGCUUCUCUUUCUAAUGGAUGGCUUGCAUGAAGACCUAAAUAAAGCAGACAACAGGAAGAGACACAAGGAGGAAAACAACGAUCAUCUUGAUGACUUCAGAGCAGCGGAGCUGGCUUGGCACAAACACAAACAGCUCAAUGAGUCCAUUAUCGUUGCACUCUUUCAAGGCCAGUUCAAAUCCACAGUGCAGUGUCUUACAUGUCACAAGAAGUCCCGGACAUUUGAGGCAUUCAUGUAUUUGUCAUUACCACUUGCAUCCACUAGUAAAUGUACGCUGCAGGAAUGCCUUAGGUUGUUCUCCAAGGAGGAAAAGCUCACGGAUAACAACAGAUUUUACUGUAGCCAUUGCAAAACUCGAAGGGAUUCUUUGAAAAAAAUAGAAAUUUGGAAACUACCACCUGUUCUUCUUGUGCAUUUGAAAAGAUUUUCCUAUGAUGGAAGAUGGAAGCAAAAGCUUCAAACAUCUGUAGAUUUCCCCUUGGAAACUCUUGACCUGUCGCAGUAUGUUAUUGGUCCAAAGAACAGCCUGAAGAGAUACAAUCUAUUUUCAGUAUCAAAUCACUAUGGUGGGUUGGAUGGAGGACACUAUACAGCCUACUGCAAAAAUGCUGCAAAACAACGUUGGUUUAAGUUUGAUGACCAUGAAGUAUCUGAGAUCUCAGCAUCAUCUGUGAAAUCCUCAGCUGCAUAUAUUCUCUUUUACACCUCUUAUGAACAGCGAGCAGUGGAUAUGGCCACAUAAAAUAGUGUUGUUUAAGAAAAAUAGCACUAAGAUUCCUUGUAUAAGAGCAAAAUAGCUAUGGGAAUGCUUAUAAAUAUGCAAAAUUGUGACAGAGUCACUUACAGAACGUGGGGAGGGUUGCAGCAGCAGCACUAUUGCUUAAAUCUGAGGACUGAUUAAACAAACGCUUGUGGUAAUUCUGGCGUCUGUGAAACCAUUUAAAGGCAAACUGGCAUUACCAUCUAUUUAAAAACAGCUAUAUUUUCAGCCUGCUCCCAAAUUAAAUUCUAACCUAGUCAUUUGAAAUCUAUUAAGUAGUAGUUCAAAAUGUCUUAAAAUCCCAAGGCAUAUCUUGAGUUUUUUUUUUCUUUCACUGUUAUGGCCUUUUCACAUUUCUAACCUUAAGCUUGAUUCUACUGUGAAUACUCUAGAAUGAUGUAAACAGUUAGGAAUGUAAGUGUACAUAUUGAUUGCAUACUUGCACAUCAAAACUAUGUAUAUAAUAAACUGUUGUCCUUUUUGUGAGAAUCCCUAAA